AUGUUUGGAGGCGUUGAUUCAUCAUUAUUCGUUGGUAAUAUUACAUAUGUCCCUGUCACAAGCACCUAUCCUGCAGUGUUAUCUUGGGGGAUCAAUGUAGCGAGUUGCUUUUACGGUGAAACAAUUAUUUUUUUGACUUCGACUGCUGGAACUUUUGAUACUGGAAAUUCACUCGUAGCGCUUGCUGAUGACUUUUUUGCCACAUGCAUGGCUGCCAUUCCUGGUUCGUAUUAUGACAACCAGUCAUCAUUCAUUGUUAUCCCAUCAUCAUCAAUUGGGAACAUGCAACCGCUGAACCUUACGAUUGGCGGUGCUGUGUUUACAAUGGACGUUGCUGCACAGCUUGUCCCAAUUGGCCAGGACUCUGCUUGGGAUGGCAAUCCUGGAGUACAGUAUGGUACAGUCGGACCCUUGGGACACCAAAGUGGCCAGGGCUGGGAUUUCAUCCUCGGUCAGAAGUUUCUAGAAAGAUAUUACGCCGUCUUUGAUGGUGAAAAGAAAUGUGUGGGUUUAGCAUAUACCUCAUCAUCAGAUAGCGACUACUCGAUGAUGAGUCAGUCACCGCCUGAGCGCGAAAAACUGAAACUGAAGAAAUCCCUGCAAAAACGCGUGAGGGAAUCCUCAGAUAGUGACACCAAUGUGAAGAAACCCAAAAAACGAACAAAGAAACAUAAAGACUCAGACUCAGGCAAACAGCAAGUACAUGCCAGCACAACAUGUUUAUCUCUCAAUGUCCAAUACAGGAAAGGAAUGUCACUGCAAGAGCAAUGCUUACACAUUGCACAUUGGAUACCCCAAGGGGUAGACAUGUUUUGCAAACUUACUGAUGUCUUUCGUGUUGCACCUCUCGUCGAGCAACGAGAAGCAGCCGAAAAAGUAGACCAUAUCGAGGAUGAACAAGUUAAGAAUGACUGCGAAGCAAUCUUGAAGAACAUCUCCAAGGAUGAAGAGGCAUGA